AUGGACGCCGGCUUCCCUGAUAUUUUUGAAGACAAGGACUUGGACUUGGGUGGAGACGAUCUGCUUGCCAUUUUGGACUCCCUCGAAGACUUCACCAAUUUUCCUCCCGUCGAAGAAUCCCUUACCGUUACCUCAAAAGAGAAUAACGACGAAACCACAAGCGCUCUCCAAUGUGAUUCCCUAACUCAGCUUCAAACUACACCCAGAACCAAGAGACAGAAGCUUUCGGAGCCAUCCGAAGAACCUAAGAUAUCUCAUAUCGCUGUGGAGCGUAACCGAAGAAAGCAAAUGAACGAGCACUUGUCCGUCUUGAGGUCCCUCAUGCCUUGCUUCUAUGUCAAACGAGGCGAUCAAGCAUCAAUAAUAGGAGGAGUGGUGGAGUACAUCAACGAGUUGCAGCAACUUCUGCAGUCCCUGGAGGCCAAGAAACAGAGAAAGGUGUACAAUGAGGUUCUGAGCCCUAAGCUCGUGUCAAGCCCAAGGCUUUCUCCCAGAGUGAUGCCACCGGUGAGCCCUAGGCUAAACCUGCCCAUUAGCCCAGGCACACCACAGCCAGGUAGCCCCUAUAAGCCCCACCCCAGACUAUCCAGCUCUCUGGAGCCAUCUCCCACAUCUUCUGCUUCUUCCUCCAUCAACGACAAUAUCAACGAGCUCGUCGCAAACUCCAAGUCUCCCAUUGCCGACGUCGAGGUUAAGUUCUCGGGGCCCCACGUCCUCUUAAAAACUCUAUCUCCUCCAAUCCCUGGACAAGCUUUAAAAAUCAUCUCCGCUCUUGAAGAUCUGGCACUCGAAAUCCUUCAGGUCACCAUCACCGCUACUGAAGAAAGCGUACUUAACUCAUUCACCAUCAAGAUUGGAGUUGAAUGCCAGCUCAGUGCCGAGGAUCUGGCUCAACAAGUCCAGCAAACUUUCUCGCCUCAUGGGCUUCCCUCGUGA